UGGGUCGACUUUGGACUGGAACGAAGGUUUUGUUUGUGUUCUGCAGCAGUGGGGAUCGGUUAUUAGGGAAAGUUUGGAAUUUCAUGUCGUUCUAGCUGUUUAUCUCUAUGUUCUCUAGCGAUAAAUAGAAAAAGGGAUCUGAUUUUCUCAUGCCAUCCCAUUAGUACUGCAGUCUCUAUUGUUUAAUUCCCCUGGGAUUUUUAUAUUCCUUCUUCUUUUUUGUAUUCUCUACUUCGAAGAGACAUCCUUCAUGUCAUCCUACAAAGAAAGGUUGAAACUUUUCGAGGAUGUGAUCGGAUGUGAAGAAAUCGACCUAAGAAGAUUGAAAUUACUUUGCUUCAACGGUAUUCCCGAUGAACAAACAAACAGAGCGAUUUGUUGGAAGCUGAUGCUCAAUUAUCUCCCUCCUUUACGGAAAUCAUGGAGUGAGACUUUAGCGAGGAAAAGAGAGCUUUACAGGCAGUUUGUAGAUGAAAUGAUCGUCAACCCUGGCGAAAGUAGUGAUACUGAAGGUGAUAGAGUCGAUGUCACAUAUUCCGAUCAUCCGUUGAAUCUCAAUCCAGACAGCCAGUGGGGGACUUUUUUCAAAGAUAAUGAAGUCCUUCUGCAAAUAGAUAAAGAUGUUAGGAGGCUCUGCCCUGAUAUUUCAUUCUUCCAGCAGCCUACUCAGUUUCCUUGUAAAGCAGUUGUUCAUUCCGGAGGAGCGAAACGGCUGCACAGAAGGGUCCAACACUCAAUUCUCAAAUCGGCCAAUGUCGAGCGAAAAGGCCUUGGGAUGACUAGGCAGAUAGCACUGACUGUUCGUAAGGCUUCGGAGGAUUACGCCCCGCUUGCCGAAGGUUCGGAGGCGCAUUGGGAAGUCGUCGAAAGGAUCCUCUUUCUCUACGCAAAGCUGAACCCCGGCCAAGGGUACGUUCAAGGAAUGAACGAAAUAAUCGGACCGAUUUAUCACGUGUUCGCUUGUGAUCCUGAUAUAAGUUGGAGAGAGCAUGCGGAAGCGGACUGUUUUUUUGUAUUCACAAAUCUAAUGGGUGAGAUUAGAGACUUUUUUAUUAAAACACUAGACGAGGCCGAAUCAGGAAUAAAUGGAUUGAUGCACGCAUUAGAGAAAGAACUUAGAUCUAAUGACCACCAGGUGUAUAUGCAAUUGCAAAAACAAGAUCUGAAACCUCAGUACUACAGCUUUAGGUGGUUGACUCUUCUUCUUUCUCAAGAAUUCCCGCUUCCUGAUGUAUUGAGGAUUUGGGAUUCAUUAUUUGCCGAUUCAAACAGAUUUUCAUUUUUAAUCCAUGUUUGCUGUGCCAUGAUAGUUCAUCUCAGGGAAGUAUUGCUUGAUGGGGAUUUUCCUAAUAAUGUCAAACUUCUCCAAAACUUCCCGCCGAUAGAUGUACGCGUUCUGAUUACAAAAGCUGCAGAAUUAGCUUCGAGGAAACACAAAAAUACAUUUGUAAGGAGUGGAGUGAGUACACUGUGAAAGCCAGCGGACAAUUAAGUAUUUUAAAAAUAUUUUUCAGUACAUUUUUACCUAGUCGUUUUUUCAAAAGAAACAAGCACCAAAUUUUGUACUGUUUUCUUUCUGUGAGUUACCAGGGCAAAUUAAAACAUUUCAAUUACUUCUACUCAAAAUUUAACUUUUAGAUCUGAUUUUUAAGGCUUACCUUAUUAUCAUGGAAUCAUAACUAUUAUUCUUAUUAAAUUCACUAGUUUAGAGGUCCGCUUGA